AUGAAGUUCUUUCUGUUUGCUGUCACUCUCGCUCUCUCGGGCCUCUCCGCCGCCAGAACAGACCUGAGCGGAUGUGUGUCUUCGCUCACUGUCAACCAGUGGGACGAAGCCAGCCUGAUCUGGUACGUGCCAGGAUCGGGUGAAAUCUGCGAUUUCCCUGACUGUGGGGGUGGUCGUGCGCCUCCCAAGACCGACCAGCCAGGCUGCCCCGAAUAUUCAGGCACCGCGACCCUCACCCCCAGCUACCUGCCUGGAUAUGGACCCAGUGGCAAGAUGAGGGCGACUGCAGCCACUGCGUCGGCCACUACGUCAGAAAUCUCCUCGACCUCCGACGCGACAUCCGCUACUGCAUCCUCUUCUGCGUCCUCUUCGACACCCACGGCGAAUACUGUCACUCCAGCGCCAACUACGUCGCCCACGGUCUUGUCGACCACGGUCUUGUCGACCACGGUCUUGUCGACCACGGUCUCGUCGACCACCUCCAGUUCUGCUGGAAAUUCUACUGUUUCAACACCAGCAAGCACUGCCACAAACAACGUUGCGUCCGGUCUUGAGGCCCCCGGAGCUCUGGCCAUGAUCGCUAUGGCGAUCGGCGCGUUGAUCUGA